CCUGUUCAUAUCGCAGAUCAGCUGCUGCUGCGGCGGCGUUCCUCCGACACAGCGCCCGGCGCCCGACCGACGGCUCGGUGGUUUAGUUUGGACGUGGACCCUGAGCGAAGCAGCGCGCCGGAUUCCCCAAAUGGCGGAGUGAGUGAGGAUGCGAUUCCCCAGUUCCAUCUUUGUGUCGGUGUCUCGCUUUACGGCCGAGACCACGGCAGCGCUGUACCUCAGUUCCACGUACCGCUCCGACGGAGACAAAAUCUGGCAGGGUCUCACGCUCCUCUUCACGGUCGUACCGUCUGUGCUCGUUCAGCUGACUCUCACCUCAUCCCACCGUGACCUGAGCAGAGACAGACCCAUUCUGCUCUUGCACAUCUUGCAGCUCGGUCCCAUCGUCAGGUGUCUCGAGGCCUUCUGCAUCUAUGGCAGUGUGGGCCGUGUGGAGGAGCCUUAUGUCAGCAUCACUAGAAAGAAGCAGAUGCCUCGCAGGGGUCAGGCUGAGGAGGUGGAGCGGCAGGUCGGGCAGGCAGAGGGGAAACUGUUUACGCACAGAGCAGCCUUCGCCCGCACCUCUGUCAUUCAGGCCUUCCUGGGAUCAGCCCCCCAGCUCACCCUGCAGCUCUACAUCUGCGUCCUGCAACGGGGGGUGUCCAUCGGAAGAGGCACAUUAAUGGUGAUCUCCCUCCUGUCUAUUGUGUAUGGAGCGCUGCGCUGCAACAUCUUGGCCAUUAAGAUCAAAUACGAUGACUACGAAGUGGACGUCCGGCCUAUGGCUUAUGUUUGCAUUUUCCUGUGGAGAAGCUUUGAGAUCGCCACUCGCGUGGUGGUUCUGGUCCUGUUCAGCUCUGUGCUUCAGCUUUGGGUCCUGCCGGUGGUUCUGUUGAACUUCCUCGUUUUCUUCCUCUACCCCUGGAUCCUGUUCUGGCAGAGCCACUCUCCUUUCCCUGAGAAUAUAGAAAAAACUCUGACCAGGGUUGGAACCACCAUCGUGCUUUGCAUGCUCACCUUCCUCUACGCUGGCAUUAACAUGUUCUGCUGGUCCGCCGUGCAGGUGAAACUCAGUGACCCAGACCUCAUCAAUAAGUCCCAGAACUGGUAUCGCAUGGCCGUGUACUACAUGAUGCGUUUUGUGGAAAAUGCCUCUCUGCUGUUGCUGUGGUACAUCUAUAAAACUGACAUCUACAAGUUCAUCUGUGCCCCGCUGCUGGUGCUGCAGCUGCUGGUAGCCUACGCCAUCGCCAUCUUCUUCAUGCUGGUCUUCUACCAAUUCUGCCACCCGUGUCGGAGGCUCUUCUCCUCCAGCAUGACCCAGGGUCUUUGGGAUUGCUCCUCUCUUCUCUGCCUGAUGUGCAACUCUGCCUCUUCACAGAACCGACCCAUAGGAAAGGAGCCCCCAGGCCUGUCUCCGCAAAAAGAGCCAGCCACCCAGCGGCACCGCGACACAGUCAGCGACACCACAGAUGACAUACCUAAUGACACAACAUAUGACAUGCUCAAUGACACCACCUUCGACACGCCUAACGAAAUGGACAACAAUGUAGGAGGUGGAAUAAAUGGCGACAUUAGCCACGGUGUACCCUGCACCGCUUAAAGCAUCACAGUUGUUCUAACAUGCCAUUCAGAGGACAUUAUCUAACCUUCUUUAACCUUCUAAGUGCCACAUGGAUCCCUCUUUGAGCUCAUGCAUCCAUCUCAAUUCAACAUGAAGCAAAUGUGUCCUUAAUGUGAGAGCUGUCCCUGCUGCAAACGUGCAGCCUUUCUUAUCAGACUAACAAUUCAUCCUGCAGCCUUUAAAACCAAGUAAAACCCACAGGCACCAUCACCUUACUUUCUUCUUUAGACUGUCCACUUAUAUGCUGCAUUACUGAUCACAAGGAGCCAUGCAUUUGAAGUGAUUGUAUUUAGUGUCUCUUUGGCAUGGAGGCGUGCAUGUGUGAAGCCUCAGACGAGGUGUAACUGUUAUUCUGCAGAGGAGGAGGAGGGGGAGAGUCUGCCCUCGCUAGUUUUAUGGCUGCAGUCGUGCUUUUGUACUCCUUGAUAAGAGCUUUACGAUUAAUACGCGCUGCUUCUGUGAUGUGCUUGUGUUUGAUGAUGAGAUGUUAAUCUCCACACAUUGUAAAAGAGCCUGUUCCAUCACCAAACAUGUUACUGUAAAGCACGGACGUUAUUAAUGUUUUUUUGCACGUUUACGCAAAAAAAAAAAAAAAAAAAAAAAAAAAAGGACCUUGGUGGUUUUGGUUCAGCUGUCGAGCAGCAGGAGCAGCUGUGGUGAUGUGAUAUGCUUUGUUUGGAUGUAUUUGCGUUUUGUUUUGGUUUUUUUUCUUAUUUAAGCCAAUUACGUCUGUCAGCUCUGUGUCUGUCUCAUUAGUUAGAAUUUUUACACAGAGUGCACACAAAACAUUUACUGUAUCUAACUGGAAAAAAAAAGAGUCCGUGUUUGGAACUCUUAAACUAUUUAUUCUCAUUUUCAACCUUUAAUGUACUAUUGCACAUAUGUGUAAGAGAGAGAAUGUCAGUGUGGUUGUUUUUGCACUAACUCCUUUUUGCAAUGUGACUGCAGAGAGAUGACGACCUCGGGAAAUCACAUGAAUGCUCGUUGUCUUUGUACAAAUUAGAAAAGCACCAUUUAAGCCAAAAAAUAAGACUUAAUAUACACAUCAAACAUAUAGAGACACAAGAAGAGGCAUUGAAAAGAUAAAGUCCUACUUUAAAAAGAAAGAAAUUAAAUUUAUAUUUAUAUGUGAA